AUGGACACGCACGACCCUCACGCCGCCCAGGACCAGGACCGCGAAGACUUUGUGCAGAUUGGAAACGAGCCAGCGCUGGUCGAGACUUGGUCCUUUGACGCCCUCGACGCUGUUGACAGCCCAACCUCUGCCUCUGCCUCUGCUUCUGCUUCUACCGCCCCUCGUGUCAGCCUCUUCUCGCCCAACGUGCCCGCAGAAGUCCACCAUGAAGAGACUCCCCCAAACGAUGCGAGCAGCGCCGCCCACAUGCUGCCCGCCCUUGCCAACAUGACGAAGCGCACCGCACGCCUCAAGGUCUCGGACGAGCAUCCGCCCAUCGUCCAGCUGCACACGCAGAUUCCGCGCGCCCAAAAGAGCGGUGACGAUCCCUCGACGCCCCUCGAGAACAAGAGCAGGAAGCGCACCACACAUGAUCUGGUCGGUAACGAGCACGCGACUCUCACCACCCUCAGCCGCUUGUUUGGCGAGACCACCAUGGCCAACUCGCGCGCUCCCUCGUAUAACAACGCCACCGGCCCGUUAUACCUGCGAGCCUCUAACGAAGCCAUACCCCUGCCCGAUCACCUGUACACCCGUGGCUUGCUUCAGGGACGUCACUCAGACAUCACCGUCGUUGCCUUUGGCCAGCGCUACAACCUGCAUCGUCUCAUCCUCGACCGUGCGCCCUUCUUCACCACCGCCCUAUCAGAGCCAUGGAUCGAGAGCCAGGCCAAGGAGGUCAGCCUGUACCCCGAACGCAUCGAUCCCAGCAUAACCCAGGCUGCCUUUGAGCUGGCCAUCAGGAAGCUGUACGGCGUCGAGAUCUCAAAGGACUCGGACGUCGAGGCUGUGGGCCUCUUUGCUACAGGAUGCUGGCUGGAAAUGCAGGACCUCAUCGACUCGGCCAUCGAGUCUAUCCUCCGUCAGAUGGCCCCAGACACCCUCGCCUACCUCAUCCGCUUAGUCACCACCAACUACUACGGACGAUCAGGUGACCGCAUCCUCGAGUCAGCCAAGGCCAUGCUCAGCAGGAACGGCUGGGAGAUGCCGCUGAAGUACUGGGACGAUAUGCCUGGAGAUAUCAUUCGCGAGCUUGUCGGGUCGGACGGCUUCUUUGUCGACAGCGAGUGGGACAGAUGGGUUUUGACCAAGCGUCUGCUCGACCGCCGAUUACGACAGGCUGCUAUCGAGGCGGGGUUGAUUCAGCGCGGACAACGGCCCAUUCCUCAGGCGCCGCAGUCAAUGCGUUUGAUGGCUGUCCGCUUUGACGGUGUCUAUCGGCAAAACUCCCUAACCAUGUCACAAUCUUCAACCGAUGUACAAGGCGACUGGCUCGCUCUUUACACCAGUCCCGACAUUGAACGCAUCCUGGUCCUCCUCGACGAAGGCAUCCACUACAUCCACAUGGAGUACGAACAGCUCGGCUACAUCAAGACCGCUCGUGAUGUCUUUGGUCUACCCGUCAUGCCGGAGAGGGUCAUCUCAAACGCGCUCUGGCAGCAAUUAUCUCUUCGUCAAAUAGUCCUCAAUGUAGACGAGUCGUCGCAAGAGUUGGGUCUCUGCCAAGCCCCACCCGAGCCCGAGACGGCCAACGCAGGCACCAAAACUGAGGGGGAGGUUGUGGUCAAGGGUAAGCAGAAAGCGGUUGAAAUCGCACCUGUAGAGUCCGAGGUCGAGUCGGAGAGCUGGGAUGGGAACGGCAAGCCCCGCAAGUUCUGGAUACCGAGCUCAGAUUGCAACAUCGUCCUCGGGAAUGGGGUAGAUCCUGUCGUCACCACAUCCAGUACCUUCCAGCGCCAUGCGACCCGCCUUUCUGCGUCUAUGCAGCCAGAGGAUGCUCAAUGGGCUACUGACUUUGCAUCUACCCCUUCUAACAUGGCUCAUCCCAACACGCGCAUGGACAACACCUUCCGUCCCAUCUCAGCUGGCGGUAGCAACGCUGGACAGCCGAAGCCCAUCGCAUAUACCGAGUUCCCUCCUUUCCGCUUCGCUGCAGAGUUUCCGAACCCGCGCUUUCUCAAGGAGAAAAAGCGCGUCUACUCGCGGACUGUCUCGUACGCUGGAUCUCUCUGGAACAUCUACAUCCAGAAGGUUCGCUCAGCCAAGAACGUCCAACUGGGUGUCUAUCUCCAUCGAGCUAAAGAAGAGUCAACCGAGGCUGCCAACAUCAGUGCCACUCAGCCGAACGACGGGUCAGUGGAUGCGCGCAUAGGCCAGCUAGAGCGGGAAAUGCUCAUGCGCAGCGAUCGACGCGAGCGCCGCCGCAGCACGCGCGAACCCUUCAACGACCAAACCGCCGAAGAAGACACCAGCGGCAGCGGCGGCGACCCAGACUCGACCCUCGUCUCCGCAAACCGCAACCCCCGCUUCUCCACCGACAGCACAGGUCGCCGCCGCAGCACAACACUCCCCCACAUCACCACCACACGCAACCUGCCCCGCUUCCAAUUCCAGCCCCUCGGCUCAUCGCCCCCCACACACGGGGAAAACAUCGACUCCCCCGGCUUCCCGGCAGACGUCUACUCCCCCUCCGACCACGACUACAUCUCCUCGGACGACGACGACGACGAGCUACAUGCCAUCUACCCAAACCCCUCCCUCACUACAACCGCGCAACGCAAAUCCCGCCUCGCUAUCCCCGCUCUUCCACCGUAUGUCGACGGCAGACCGACGAUCAAAACGUACUUUAAAAUCUACAGCCCCUCCAAGGGAGGCAGGAUGCUGAGUAUUUAUGAGAGCGCGCCUGAUCGGUUUAAUUUUAGCCAGAGCUGGGGAUGGAAGAGUAGUACGUUGAUGCUGGAUGAGGUGGCGAUUAGUGGGAGUGCGGAUGAGGCGAUUGGGGGGGCGGGCGGGGUGCCGGUGAAGAAGGGGGAUGGGAAGUUGAGGUUUAUGGUGGUUAUUGGGAAUCUUUGA